AGAAAAUUACCAAAAACCGGAGCAGUGUUGAUCAAGAUUUUUUACUGUCAUCCGAUCUCAAAUUGCAUUUACUCUCAUUUUUCAGUUUCUAAAAGUUUUUUUAUAGAUAAAAAUCAGGUCCUCGCAAUGGCAGAAGCUCCAGCAACAGACUCGGGGAGGAUCGUGAAGAUGGAGGUAGAUUACAGUAGUAAUUGUGACACAAAAAUUCCAGAGUGCAAGAAAUUAGCGCAGCAGGGAAAAAUUCAUGAUGCAUUGGAUCACCUUUUGGCACUUGAAAAGCUCACAAGAACGGGAGCGGACAUGAUUUCCACUUCACGGGUGCUGAUAGCAAUCGUGGAGAUUUGCUUCGAGGCAAAAAACUGGGGAGCACUGAACGAACACAUUGUUCUCCUCUCGAAAAGACGUUCUCAGCUAAAACAAGCUGUUACGAAGAUGGUGCAGGAGUGUUGUACCUACAUCGACAAAACACCUAACAGGGAAACAAUGAUUAAGCUCAUUGAGACCCUGAGAACUGUCACAGAAGGAAAGAUCUACGUGGAAGUGGAGCGAGCCCGUUUGACCCAUCGUCUCGCAAAAUUAAAGGAAGAGGAUGGUGACAUCACUGGUGCCAAUUCCAUCAUGCUCGAAUUGCAAGUGGAGACGUACGGUAGCAUGGCCAAGAGGGAGAAGGUCUCUCUCAUCCUCGAACAAAUGCGUCUUUGCAUAGCAAAAUUGGAUUUCGUUCGUACGCAGAUCAUUGCUAAGAAAAUUAAUGUCAAAUUCUUCGAUGAUGAGAACGAUGAGGAGACACAAGUACUGAAAUUAAAAUACUACGACUUGAUGAUGGAGCUUGCUAAACACGAAGGCUGGCACUUGGCACUCUGUCGUCACAAUCGUGCAGUUCUGGAAACUCCUGCUGUCAAAGAAGAUGUCAAGAAACGUCACACUGCACUCUCACGUGCUGUUCUUUAUCUGGUUCUCGCUCCCCAUGAGCCAGAGCAAGCUGACAUGACACACAGACUCUUGGCUGAUAAACUUCUCGAUGAAAUCCCAACAUACAAAGAAUUGCUUCGACUGUUCGUGAAUCCUGAACUUAUCAAGUGGUCAGGUCUUUGCGAAAUUUAUGAGAAGGAUUUAAGAGCUACUGAGGUCUUCACUGCAUCAUCGGAAGAUGGACGUAAAAGAUGGGAAGACCUGAAAAAUCGAGUUGUUGAGCACAAUAUCAGGAUAAUGGCAAAGUAUUACACGAAAAUAACGCUCCAACGAAUGUCGGAGUUGUUAGACCUUGCGGUGGAGGAGACCGAGGCCUGUCUAUGUAAACUCAUUGAAACUGGUGUUAUCAGUGCACGUACGGACAGACCAGCUGGCGUUGUACGUUUCACAGGCACUCAAGAGCCCGCAGCCCUCUUAGACGCCUGGUCAGCCUCGUUAUCACAAUUAAUGGGCCUCGUCAACAACACAACGCACCUCAUUCACCAAGAAGAGAUGCUGGCUGUUGCUCAUUCGUAAAAAUAAUCUUUUAACAAAUUUUUCACAUUUAUUUUUCUCUCUCUCCAUUAUUUCUGUGAGCGUAACCCUUUGUAUUCUGUUUCCAAUAAUUUUUUUUUUUUUUCGUCGAAUGUAAGCGGAAUAAAUGAUGCUCUUUCUUCUCUGCUGCAAACAAAAAAUGCCAGAAGAUUUUUACAUCAAUACUAGAUAUUUAAUGAUUAUUGAGAAUAAAUGAGGAUUAACGUCGAUUACAGAAAUACAAAGUCUAAAUUUUA